UUCCUCCAACAACCCACUUGCCUUGCUUCAGUCAAUCUCGACCUCCUAUCCCGCACUCUAUUUUAUACCCGUCAUCUUCAGCGAAACCAGCAUUUCCUACAUUCACACCUUCACCUCAACCAAACUCCAUUGUUAAAAACCUUGAAAUUCUCCAUCAAUGGCGGAACAGAACAACGAGAUAAUAUCAGUAGGAUACGCUUUACCUUCAAAGAAGGUAGAUAGUUUCAUCAAACCAAGCUUGGUAUCAUACGCCAAAACCCGAGGCAUCGAUUUCAUCCCCAUUGAUAUUGAUCAACCUCUACUCCAACAAGGCCCCUUCCACUGCGUAAUUCAUAAAGUCUAUGGCGACGAUUGGAAUCGCGAAUUGCUCGAUUUCAAGGCGCGAAACCCUAAUGUCCCUGUCAUCGAUUCCCCCGCCGCAAUCCAACGCCUUCACAACCGGAUUUCCAUGCUCGACGCUGUCAAAAACCUCAAACCGGCGUCGUCCGAUGCGGCGUUGACGCCAAGUGUUGGAACACCUAACCAGAUUCUACUCAGCGAAGAGGAUUAUGAUGAGAAGGUGGCGAAUUUGGGGGUGAAAUUUCCGCUGAUUGCGAAACCGUUGAUUGCCAAUGGAAGCCUCAAUUCUCAUCAAAUGUCGGUAGUUUUCAACAAUAAUGGGUUGAAGAAAGUGAGAGAGUUUGCUCCUAUCGUUCUACAGGAGUUCGUUAACCAUGGCGGCGUGUUGUUUAAAAUCUAUGUCGCUGGGGAAAAUGUCAGAUGUGUUCAAAGGAAGUCAUUGCCUGAUUUCAAUGAUUCUGAUCAUCCAUUCUUUCUGCAAUUUGAGGAGGAAGGUUUUAUGCCAUUUGCGCAGAUUUCAAACUUGGCCACUACUGAAAUGCAACAGGAGAUUGAUAACAUUGAGAUGCCUCCCCUGGAUUUUGUGAAUAAUUUGGCUAAAGGAUUACGAGAAGGGACUGAUAUUAAUCUGUUUAACUUCGACCUUAUUCGAGACAGUUCGGUAUCUGGUGGUAAUAGGUACCUCAUCAUUGAUAUCAAUUACUUCCCAGGUUUUGCCAAAUUGCCUGGGUUUGAGGAAAUGUUGACUGAUUUCUUCUUGGAUGUUGUUCACCGUAGUAGUUCCGCCGUUGAAAAAGCCUGAACUUGCGUUACAGUUCUACCUGUUUGAUGCUAUAAACAUUUGCUGCAUUCCAAUGUUUAGCAUGUAUCUUAUGGUGUGUUACUUACUGCCCUGUAGUUAAGUUGAAAUCAUAUAAAUGAAUGGAUAAUGCCUUUUUUCUUCUA